CAUUGGUGGUGGUACAGGUGACCGCAGACGCUCCGAGUUGUGACAACAUCUCGACGGUGCAAACGAAAACAAAUUAGCCUCGGAAGUGCGAGGUUGUACACGCUGUGGCAGGCUCUGGAAAUAUACAGAAAUUCAGCACAAAGACUUAUUUUCUUCAACAGGGGACUUUUCCUCCGCUGUGGCCGGUUGUGGCGGGUUUGGUAUCAGAGCGCACGAGAGCAGUGGGCACGCACUUUUCCUGAACCUGAUUACUUCGUUCUGUCUGACCUUCAGAUCGGUGACCUCCUCCUUCAGAUUGUCUUUCACUCUGUCCAGCAUCCAGACAUGUAAACCGCAGCAUAAGGAGAGCUUCCUCCCUCUUUCUGACCUGUUGUUCUCUCUAACAGCUUCCCAUACCUCUCGGGCUGGACUGCAGUACAUUGACAUCAGCUCGCCCUCCCCUGCCCCCUCGCCCCCCAGCAAUGGCCUCACGCAUUGGGCUGCGGAUGCAGCUGAUGCGAGACCAGUUGCAGCAAGAGGAGCAGCGUGAGAGGCAGCAACAGCUUCAGCAGCAGCAGCAGUACAUGCAGCUUCGCAUGGCUGGGCCGCCUCCAUCCACCCCGGCCAUCAGUACUGUACAGCAUUACCAAAACAUGCAGGUCCCGGUGGAGGUUCUCAAGGUGCAGACCCACCUGGAGAACCCCACAGACUACCAUAUCCGUCAGUCUCGGAAGCAACAGGUGAAAGAAUACCUGUCUACAACCUAUGCCACCAAGCAGACAGUCCAUGCAGUAGCAGGACUGGUGCCGCCAUCUCCUCCUGCCAACAUGGGACCCACAGGUGGAUCAGCGUCUGCACCCCCACCUCUCGUCUCUCCUCACGUGCGCACUGAGCAGCUCAUGUCAGGAAACAGCGCCCCCAACAGCCCCAUGGCCAUGCUCAAUAUUGGCUCCAGUCAUGAGAAAGAGAUGGAUGAGGUUAUUGAGGACAUCAUCAGCAUGCAGUCCAAUUAUGACGAUAUUCAAGGCUACAUUGAUGCUGGCCAGAUGUCAAACACACUCCCCCUGUCUAGCAGUCACCUGGAUGUGUAUACGGGUCCUGGGAUGAAGGGACCAGCCGUAGCGAUGACCAGUAACUCCUGUCCUGCCAACCUCACCAUUAAAAGAGAACUGUCAGAUGCAGAAGCCCGUGCUCUGGCCAAGGAGAGACAAAAGAAAGACAACCACAAUCUGAUUGAACGCAGGAGGAGGUUUAAUAUCAAUGAUCGCAUCAAAGAGUUGGGCACUAUGAUCCCGAAAACCAACGACCUUGUGCACAGUGAUGUGCGCUGGAACAAAGGCACUAUACUGCGGGCGUCUGUUGAGUAUAUCAAGCGCAUGCAGAAGGACGUGCAGAGGACCAGAGAGGUGGAGAACAACUUUAAAAGGAUGGAGAUGGCUAACAAACAGCUGAUGCUACGCAUUCAGGAGUUAGAGAUGCAGGCUCGUCUGCACGGCCUCCCCAGCAAUUCCCCCUCCAGUCUGAACCCCAAUGAGCUGAUGGCUCCUUACAUAAAACAAGAGACCAGCCCCGAGGAGAAUCUCUCUCACCAACAGGCCCACCACCAGCCCCAGCACUUACCCCAGAACCAGGCUCAUCCCCAGGCCCAGCAGCACCACCACCACUUCCUCCCACAGAACCACCUCCACCACCAGGGCCAGGCUCAGCCUCAGCCUCGGCAGCUGCCACCACUCCCUCAACACCUGCAGCCCCAGUUACCCAUCCAGUACCCGUCUGUGGGGAGUUCCCAGGCUUUUGACUUUACCCAGUCGCUAGACUUGUGUGACGGGAUCUCUGGCUUCUCGGAUGGCAUGUCGGGGCUUGGUGACUUGGGCGGGCUGGACAUGCAGGGGAGGAGAGGUGAGCUGGGCUUCCUGAUGAUGGACGAGCCCCUGUCCCCCAUGGGAGGAGACCCACUGCUCUCUGCGAUGUCCCCUGAGGCGUCGGUCGACUCCAGUCGCAGAUCCAGUUUCAGCAUAGAAGAUGGAGACAUACUGUAGACACACAUGAGCACAUACAGAUGUUUCACAGAGGUUAAAGCACAACAAACACUCACAGCACAUACAGGAGGAGGGAAAGAAAAUCAUCCACCCAGCACACACACAAAAAACACUCGUUUUUGGUACUAUAAUUUGGAGUUCAAGAUGGUACACAGCACCCAUUGGCUGAUACUGUAUAGUAGAAACUUUCACACAUACACAGGGACACACAAUUACAAAGUGCAUGUGGGACAAACUUGACACGUUGCCCAACAGACUGAGCAUUUACAAGGGCUGAACUCACACUGCCAGGUCAGGAGUUAUAGAGCACACUUGGCCUCGUUUCCAUAAAGGUGCCUCUGAAUCAUAAUUGAACAAGGGACAAAAACCAGCAGUUAAUUAGAUUGAAGUUAUCAGAUACAAGGACAAACCGAGUGCAUUGUCUCACUCGAUAGAGGACAAGUUAUUUUCUCCUUACAUCAGCCUCUUUUAGCAACCAUAAAUGAUUGAACGGACGAUAGUGAAUAAAAUGGAAAUAGCUUCAUGGUCCUGCAUGUGUAAUUCAUCUUAGGGGGAUGCAGUCCAGCCUCAUUGUUCUGUUGCUCAAUCUCUUAUUCCACAGUUUGUUUUUUUGCCUCCAGCACUCACUGUUUGACAAAGAUCUGUGUUAGCCUGCUAAGCUGAAGUCUUUUCUCUUUUAAGAGAUAUUUGAAAACUCCACAGAUGAAAAGGUGAUCCGGCUUUAAAGCAAACACUUGUGCUUGCAGACACUCUGCUAGAAUCUUACGGUUUAUAACACUUAUAUUGUCAUGACCUUUGCCCGAAGAUUACACCAUAAAAAGUGUGUUGACCUGGUGAGACAGUAGAGAAAACCAUGCGAUAGGAGUCAAAAUACUCAAUAUACAAGCGGGAUCAUUUUUGAGCAGAAGCAGCUGUUAACCUGAACUGCCAGGCUUACAACCUCUAUCAAUGUGCCUUCUUAUUUUUGCAGCUGGUGCUCUUUAAAGGGUUGCAGUUAUGACUUGGGAUAAGACUUAAAUAUCAACUUGGGUUAUGCCUGUAAAUGCGUCAGUUUACCUCUGUACCUUAAAGCUCCUGUGAGGAGCUUUUAGCUAGUUAUGAAACAGACUGAAAUGAACACUGAUACCUCUGUGUGCCCUACUAAAACAAACAAGAUCAUCCAUGACAAGACUGAUUAUUUCUGUAUAGUUUUUUUUAAUACUUGUAGCCGCUGCUGCAGGGUAGGCGCCAGAUGAAGUGAGGCUUUCUUUUUUUUACAUUUUCCGUGGCACAGUGAGUGAUAUGAUUGACUGUUUAAAGAUUUUUCAUCAGAAACCACCACUGACAUGUACAGGAAAAGAUUAGCAAAAAAGAGAGGUGCCAGUUUGUCCAAAAGCACAUCAAAAGGAAACAAAAGUUCCUCACAGGAGCCCUAAAUGUUUUCAUACAUUUUCUGCUCACUUUCAGGCCCUGACUUGUGCUAAAGGCUUAGGUAGUAGGUAGCAGGCGCAGUCUUAUCUCCACUGUAAAAGCACAUCUCACACGCUCACUCAUUAAACCAUCAACGUGUUCACAAAUAGGCUUUAUAGCGCUCCCAUGCCUACAGUUCAAUACAUACAGUGCAGUGUAGAGGCUAUUUUCAAAUCAGCUCCUCUGUCUCUCUUCUGUCUCUCUCCUGAUGAAUGCAGUGACAUUUUCAGCUGCAGAGGCUGACCUCAGGUCUGCUGUUAAGCAAUGGGGAUGUGUAAUUGCGUUGGUUGUAGUCAUCACAGUGAUGUUUGGGGCCGUCCACAGUCAUAUAUUUGCUGUGGUAACUUGAUCCUGGGCUUUAAAUUAAUUUAACUCACGAUCAGUGUCGAUAAAGGUAGAUAAAACAUUUAUGGUGAUUAUUAUUAUUAUUUUUGAUUAAAAGAAGUUGUUUUCUUUACUAUAUAGUUUGUUGUUUUAUUUUAUCUCCCAAAGCACUGGAAACUAUAUUAUUGUUUUGACUUUGUACAUUGGAAGAAUUUUUGGAAUAAGAUUUAUUUCAGAUGUUUUAUGCCACUAAGCCACUUAAAUGUGUUUUAUUUGUAUUUGUUGUUUUAGUUCUGUUUUAAUUAUAUUCCAAGAUUACCCUUUUCUUCUCAGAGCCAUUUUGGUUUGCAAACUAUACACAGGUAUUAAAGCCAUCCAUGUUUUAUCAGUGGAGGAGCAGGGAGACAUUUGUGAACUUUCAGAUUCACUGUAGAGAUGAAGUGAUCAUGUACAUUUUCAAUGCCAUUUUUAUAUGAUUGGGAUUUUACUUUUCUCAUUGUUUUUAAUUUUAAACCACUCUUAGAUGAAAGUUGAUUCUUUAAUUUGACUGAAUCCAAAUUGCUCAAAAUAUAUGAAUGUAAGCUCUACAGGUGGUUCUGCUUCAACUGAAGCAGAACGACUCAGCUUUUCCCUCUCUUUUUGUUGAUUUCCUGGAGACUGGAUUAACUCUGAGCCGAGGAGUUGUGGUUGUUCUGGUGUUGUAGCACUGACUCUGCAAUUGUUUCUGUCCGUCUGUCUGCCAGUGUUGUGCCUCCCCCUCCCUUAUCAGCCACAGUUGGACUGUUAUUGUAUUGUCACACAGCCGACACUCCAAAGAGCCGCUCAGGCCUCCUCUACUCUUCCACUGGAGAGCGCUCUCUGCAGAACAAACUACACAGGGAAAAGUUGUUCUGAUUUUACAGAGAUUAUAAAAUGUUUUACGAGAA